AUUCUGCAUUGAACGCUUCCGGUUUAAACUCCUUUUCGAUUGGGAAACUGUUAAAAACGUAAGCAUGUCUAACAACAUCUGGCUAGCGCCUAAAGAUUCAAAAGCUGAAACUUGGAUGGCAUGGAAAACUAUGCAUUUAGCAAGGGCAAAGUUAAAAGCUUCAAGUAGAACUUCAGCUUUAUUAUCAGGUUUUGCAAUGGUAGUAAUGGUUGAAGCAAGUGUUGAUUAUGCGAAAGUUGGACAAGGUCUCUUAAUAGUUUUUAGUAUUUGUACCGUACUGGUUGUAGGUGUUCACCUUCUUGCCCUAAUGAUAAGUACAUGCAUGCUGCCGAACAUCGAGGCUGUAGCGUCUUUAAAUUCAAUGGAAGCUGUUAAUGAAUCUCCUCAUAUGAGAUUACGGGUAUACGUUGAUAUAGCAUGGUUACUUUCUACAUUUAUAGGUAUCCUCCUUUUCUUGGUGGAGAUGGCUAUUUUAGGUUGGAUUCGCUUUUUACCCGAAGCAGGUAGUGGACAGAAUAAAAGUGCCUCUAUAGCUGCUAUUGUCGUUAUCGUUCCUGUUAUCAUUAUUUUUCUAUUAUUUGCCGCCCAUUUCUACAAGCAGCUCAUUGCUCAUAAAAUGCAGAACACGGCUGCUGAACUGGAAGAAUUAAAUUUGGAAGAAAAGUGGACUGAAAUAGCCAAAAAGUUUAUUACUGGUGAUGGCCAAUUGAUGUCUGUACGGGCUAUGAGAAAAGAUAAGAUAUUUUCUACCCUACCGCCAGAGGGCUCUAGUCUGCCAUGGUGGUGUUCCAUUCGCUUACUACUCGCCUUUGUCGGCUUCUUGGGCUUCGUUAACCUCUACGCCUUAAGGGUCAAUAUGUCGGUAGCCAUAGUUUGCAUGGUUAAUAAUACAGCGUUAUCGGAUUCAAAUUCUACACAAGAAUGCGAAAUCAAUUCAACAUCUACAUCAAACUCUGACGGAGAGUUUGUUUGGGAUCGAACAACCCAAGGUUAUAUUCUUGGUUCAUUCUUUUAUGGUUACGCCAUUACUCAGAUACCGGGUGGUUGGUUGGCGCAGAGAUUCGGAGGAAAGAGAAUAUUUGGCGGAUUUAUGCUUAUGACAGCUAUUGCAACAUUAUUGACUCCUGUUGGUGCGGAAGCGUCGGUUUAUUUCUUAAUUACAUUAAGAUUUAUUAAAGGUCUGGGACAGGGUGUUGUCUUUCCAUGUAUGCAUAGCAUCUGGGCGAAAUGGGCUCCUCCUUUGGAAAGAACAAAGCUAGUCGGUCUAACAUACGCAGGCGCUCAAAUUGGAAACGUUAUAACUUUUCCAAUUUCUGGAUUUCUUUGUCAGUAUAGUUGGACAGCUAUUUUUUAUGCUUUUGGAGCAUACGGUGUAGUAUGGUUUCUAUUAUGGACAUUUUUCGUAUCCGAUUCGCCAGAAACUCAUCGGCAAAUUUCACAAAUCGAAAAAGAUUAUAUAAUAGAGAGUACUGGUACGAAAAAAACUGACUCAAACUAUAAAGUGCCAUGGUUAAAAAUUUUUAAAUCAAAAGCCGUUUGGGCUAUUAUUGUUGCUCAUACAUGUUCAAAUUGGGGAACCUAUCUUGUUUUGACUGGCUUACCAACUUAUUUCAAGGACGUAUUGCAUUUCGAUAUGAAAAGCAAUGGCCUAUUUUCUGCUCUACCUUAUAUAGGAUUUUGGGCUUUUAUCAGUUUUGGCGGAAUAUUUGCCGAUUUUCUCAGAAAGAAACGAAUUAGAACGGUUAAAGUUCGCAAAUUAAUGACUUCAAUGGGAACUAUUCUUCCCGGUACUUUUCUAUUAAUUACAGCUUAUAUUCCUGGAACUUAUCCACUGGCUGCCGUUGCCGGUCUGACUAUUGCUGUUGGUUUUAGUGGAUUUCAAUAUGCGGGCGUCAUGACAAAUCAUAUCGAUAUUGCACCUCGUUUUGCUGGGCUUUUAUUCGGAAUUAGUAACACAGCGGCUACUAUUCCAGGUUUCGUUUCUCCUUUAGUCACGGCUGCUUUAACAAGCGCGUGCACUAAAUUGUCUUGCGAGGAGAAAGUUGCCUGUUUAGCUAACAGAUGGCUUGUUAGCUUUUUUAUAGCAGCUGCUAUUUAUCUUAUAGGAGCAAUCUUUUAUUGUAUUUUUGCCCAAGGCGAAAUUCAAGAUUGGGCAGAGUCAAGUAUAGGUGAGGUAGAAAAUUCAUUAAUGAAAGAAAAAUGCCCAGAAUUGGGCAAAGAAGAGAAAGAAGAAGAAAAAACCAAAUGCUAA